GGCUCCUCCGAGUGGGGGGCGGCGGAUGCUGGCGGGGCUGGAGGUGCGGGAGGAAGAGGAGGAGGAGGAGAACUUUCCAGGACGCGGCGGCGACAGCGGAGCGGGGACCCCUCGGCGGGGCAUGGACGGGGCGGCGGCGGAGCCCCCCCCGCGAGAGGGCGGCGGGCCGGAGGGCGGCGGGAGCCGGGAGCGGCCGCUCUUCUCCUCCUCCGCCGCCUUCGAGCCCGGCUUCUCUCAGCAGCCGCAGCCCGAGGAGCGCCACGACAGUGCCAGCAACGGGACGGCGCGGCUGCCCCAGCUGGGGGCCGUGGGGCAGUCCCCGUAUAGCAGCGCCCCGCCGCUCUCGCACACCCCCAACGCCGACUUCCAGCCGCCCUACUUCCCCCCUCCGUACCAGCCCAUCUACCCCCAGUCUCAGGACCCCUAUUCCCACGUCAACGACCCUUACAGCCUCAACUCCCUGCACACCCAACCGCAGCCCCAGCACCCGGCUUGGCCGGGCCAGAGGCAGAGCCAGGAGCCGGGUUUGCUGCACGCGCACCGGGGGCUGCCUCAUCAGUUGGGGGGGUUGGACCCCCGCCGCGACUACCGGCGGCACGACGACCUGCUGCACGGCCCGCACGGGCUGGGAGCGGGGCUGGCCGACCUGCCGCUGCACUCCAUCCCUCACGCCAUCGAGGACGUGCCGCACGUAGAAGAUCCCGGCAUCAACAUCCCGGACCAGACCGUCAUUAAGAAAGGCCCCGUGUCCCUCUCCAAGUCUAACAACAACGCCGUCUCCUCCAUCCCCAUCAACAAGGACGCGCUCUUCGGCGGGGUGGUGAACCCCAACGAGGUCUUCUGUUCGGUGCCGGGCCGCCUCUCGCUGCUCAGCUCCACCUCCAAGUACAAGGUCACGGUGGCGGAAGUGCAGCGACGCCUCUCGCCUCCCGAGUGCCUCAACGCCUCCCUGCUGGGCGGAGUGCUGCGGAGGGCAAAAUCCAAAAAUGGCGGGCGGUCCCUGCGAGAGAAGCUGGACAAGAUAGGGUUGAACCUGCCGGCCGGGAGGCGCAAAGCUGCUAAUGUCACCUUGCUCACCUCGCUGGUGGAGGGGGAAGCAGUGCAUCUAGCUAGAGAUUUUGGGUACGUUUGUGAGACAGAAUUUCCUGCCAAAGCAGUAGCUGAAUUUCUCAACCGACAACAUUCCGAUCCAAACGAGCAAGUCACAAGAAAAAACAUGCUUCUAGCUACAAAACAGAUCUGUAAAGAGUUCACCGACCUGCUGGCUCAGGACCGAUCUCCCCUGGGGAACUCGCGGCCCAACCCCAUUUUGGAGCCGGGCAUCCAGAGCUGCCUGACCCACUUCAACCUCAUCUCGCACGGCUUUGGGAGCCCGGCGGUAUGCGCUGCCGUCACCGCCCUGCAGAACUAUCUCACCGAGGCGCUCAAGGCCAUGGACAAAAUGUACCUCAGCAACAACCCCAACAGCCACACAGACAACAGCACCAAAAGCAGCGACAAAGAGGAGAAGCACCGAAAGUGAGGAUUCCCCCCCACUCUUCUCCCUUCCCCCCCUUCGCAGCCCAUCAGUCCAUUCAUCUCCCUCCUCCCUCUGCCCUGCACCCAGCACCCCAGGCUACGGCAACAGAAUGAGCAUCCUUCUGCCAAUCCUGUUCUCUGACUCUGCGGGACUGCUCUGCCCUCUCCCCGCACCCCUUC